ACAUACUUUCAGGUGAUGAACAAUAUUAUGAUGAUGGUGAGCUGGACAAUGGUGAGCUGGACAAUGGUGAGCUGUACGAUGGUGAGCUGGACGAUGGUGAGCUGAACGAUGGUGAGCUGGAUGAUAGUGAGCUAGACGACGAUGAGCUUGGCGAUAAUCUUGACGAUUAUGAACUGGAUUAUUAUAGCUAUGAAGAAAUGCAAAAUAAUAAUGCAAUAGAGAUUGAUUAA